AAAAUGGGACAGUCAUAACACUGAAUAUUGGUACAAAAUCCAAGGGAGAAAACUAAGAAGUCAUAUGGUAGAAAAACUCUGUGAAAGCAAAGAAGGUAAUCAAGAUGGAGAAAUUGUCAGCCAGAUUCCAAAUCUUAAUCUGAACCAGAAAACCCUUUCUGGAGUAAAACCAUGUGACUGGAACGUGUGUGGGAAAGUCUUCAUGCGUCAUUCAUUCCUUAAUAGGCACAUCAGAUCUCACAGUGGACACAAACCAUAUGAGUAUCAUGAAUAUGAGGAGAAGCCAUAUAAAUGCAAGGGAUGUGGGAAAGCCUUCAGUUACCACAAAUCUGUUCACAGACAUGUAAAGACUCACACUGGAGAGAAAUCCUAUGAAUGUAAGGAAUGUGGGAAAGCCUUCACAUGGUUCACAACCUUUCAAAGACACAUGAUAACACACACUGGAGAAGGACCCUAUAAAUGGAAGGAAUGUGGGAAAGCCUUUAGUUGUUCCACUUCAUUUCGAGCACAUGAAAGAAAUCACACUGGAGAAAAACCCUAUGAAUGUAAGCAGUGUGGUAAAGCCCUCAGCUGUCCCAGUUCCUUUUGAAGACAUGAAAGGAUUCACACUGCAGAGAAACAAUACGAAUGUAAACUAUGUGAGAAAACCUUCAGUUCUCCUCUAGGUUUGCGAAUACAUGAAAGAAUUCACACUGGAGAGAAACCCUAUGAAUGUAAGGAAUGUGGUAAAGCCUUCAUUUCUCCUUCAAGCAUUCGUACACACAUGAUAACACAUACUGGAGAUGAACCUUAUAAAUGUAAGGAAUCUGGGAAAGCCUCCAUUUGUCCCAGUUCAUUUCGAUCACAUGAAAGGACUCACACUGGAGAGAAGUCAUAUGAAUGUAUACAGUGUGGUAAAACUUCCAGUUGGCCCAGUUCAUUUCGAAUACAUGAAAGAACUGACACUGGAGAGAAACCCUAUGAAUGUACAGAAUGUGGGAAAACCUUCAUUUAUCACAGAACCUUUCAAGGACACGUGAGAAAGCACACUGGAGAGAAACCCUAUAAAUGUAAAGAAAGAAUGUGGGAAAGCCUUCAUUUCUCCCUCAAGUGUUCAAACACACAUGGUAACAUGCACUGGAGAUGGACCUUGUAAGUAAGGAAUGUGGAAAAGCAUUCAGUUUUCCCAGUUCAUUUAGAAUACUUCAAAGAACUCACACAGGAGAGAAACCCUAUGAAUGUAAACAAUGUGGCAGAGCCUUCAGUUGUUACGCAUCCUUUCGAACACAUGAAAAAACUCACACUGGAGAGAAACUUUAUGAAUGUACAGAAUGUGGGAAAACCUUCAUUGCACUACCUUUCAAGGACACAUGAGAAUACACACUGGCGAGAAACCCUACAAAUGUAGAGAAGGUGGGAAUGCCUUCAGUCGACCCAGUUCCUUUCGAAGGCAUGAAAGAUCUCAUACUUAAUGGAAACUUCUUGAAUGUAAGCAAUGUGGGGAAAACAUCAGUUGGCCUUCAUUCUUACAUGUGAAAACUCCUACUGGAAAGAAACCCUAUAUGUGUAAGAAAUCUGAGAAAGUCUGAUACAAAUUAAUCCAUGUAUAAUGUUCCAGAAAAAAAUAACAUGAAAGAAUAAUUUUUAGAGUUACAUUGUCUUUAUCAGUGCCUCAUUCUUAAAGGGGAUCUCUCGACUGGAUAUUUACUACUUACGUUCAAAAAUGAACACUGAAGGUUUCGGACAGAGCGCAGGGAGAGGACUGGGGUUGGUGGCUUGAACAUAGCCUGAAGGGGUUAGUGCACCACGGCUAGCCAGGAGGGAGUCCGGGGAAAAGUCUGCACCUGCCGAAGAGGCAAGAGACUUUUUUUCCCUCUUUGUUUCCUGGUGCGUGAGGAGAGGGGUUUAAGAACGCUGCUUAAAGGAACUCCAGAGACAGGCACAAGCUGCGGCUAAAAGCGCGAACCCCCGAGACGGGCGCGAGCCGCGGCUAAAAGCGCGGACCCCAGAGACG